UCGGAUCAGUAUCGCGCGGCUAAGGUUCAAGUGAAAACGCUUUUUAUUGAGCUCGCUUCCAUUCAUCAAAAAAUCGGUCUGCCAUUGAUUUCUGGGAUUUCGGCUCUUAAUUCUGUCGCGAAUCUUGCGCAAACAAUGUGUGCAGAGAUAUUUUUGUGAUCUUAAGCAAUUCCAAUUUUUGGUGCUCUCAAAGGAAUAAAUUAUUUUAUGCUUCGAAUGUUCCCGGCAUAAGUUGUGGCAGAGGAGACAAAGAACCUUCCUUGCUGUCUCAUAAAAAUUUGAAUGGAUCUACUGACGUUAUCGCAGCGACAUCCACUUGUGCCACAAGAGUACUCUUCAGUGGACUCAGCUAGAAAGCGUUUUGUGAUUUUCUCCACGGCAUCACCCACAGAGUGUCCCAUUUUUCCCACAAUUGCUGAGAUGCUACCCAAGGAAUCCUGACUAAAUCAUACAGCUUAAAGCAUUUUUUUCAUUCUUUUCCUAAGUAAAGUGACUCAAAAGUGAGCUUUUUAGUUGCAACACAGAGACGAAUCAUCGCGAAUGUGGUGCAAUUUAAUUGAGAGGUAGUUUUUAUGUGAUUUCUGGGCAUCGCGGAAUUGUGUGUGAGUGCGUGCAUCAAUGGAGAAGGCAGCAGAACUUGAGAAGAUGCGAGCCGCCCGUAAAGUCGCCCCAGACGGUGGAUGGGGCUGGGUGGCGACUUUUGGAGUCAGUCUCGUCAAUCUGUGCACACGAUCGAUCGAACCAUCUUUUGGGCUACUCUUUGGGGAUCUUCUGAAGGAUCUGGAGGUUGGAACUACCGGAGCUGCGAUCAUUAUGAGUGCCUUGGAUGUUAUGAUGAAUUUUUCGGGACUCUUCGUUGGGCCGCUGCUGAAGGAAUUUUCCUACAGAAAGGUCGCAAUUGCAGGAUCAUUCCUCUGCACAUUGGGCCUUGCUCUGACAUCCUUUGCCUCCAGUAUGCCCCACAUUCUCGCCACAUAUAGUGUAAUUAAUGGUAUUGGCGUGGGCUUGGCAACUUCAGCUGCCUUCGUAGCUCUCAAUCACUACUUCAAGAAGCGCCGAGGACAGGCUGUUGGGCUCUCAAUGGCUGGCACGGCUCUUGGGAUGCUCAUCAUGCCACAACUUGUGCGAAUCCUCCUUGAGGGAUUUGGCUUCCGUGGAGCUGUCCUGCUGCUGAGCGGUCUGGCGUUGCAUGCUGUUGUUGGGGCUACCCUCCUUCAGCCGGCCAAGUGGCAUCUCAAGGAGGAAGAGGUGGACAUUGAGCUGGUACCCGUUCCACAGGAAGUGAAGCCUAUUCAACCCAUUCAGGAGGACGAUGAGGAUGAAUUGCCGGAGAUCACGACACUCCUGUAUGACAAUAAGCGCUUCCCAGCGGCUGUUGGGGGUGGUGAGGAGCGCGUACGCAAGACCAGUCGACUUGGAAUGCCAAAUGGGAUGAAGAAGAACUUCUCAGAGAUGGCGAUCGGGACGAUCGCAACGACAAAUGGGAUGGUUAAGCGACCCACCUUCCCCAGGAUCAUGUCCAAUGAGGAGAUGACCAUGGAAAUACGCAAAAGGAAGCAAUCUGUGAUCUCAAAUCUCUCCCACCUCGAUUUCUCCGGCAGCUACCUCCAGAUCCACGUUAAUACCGGCGAUGAUGACAAUGAUGACAUCGAUUACGAGGUGAUAAGACGCGUCAAGACGCACGUGGGGAUGUCAUCGCUGAAUUCCUUCACGAAGCCCACCAAAGUGGGCUCCAUCAAUACCAUCCAGUCCGAGAUUGGGCUGCAGAUGCUUAAGCCAAAGAAGCAAACUUUCUGGAAGAGAUUCUCCUCCAUUAUGGAUCUGGACAUCCUGCGGGAUCGCAUCUAUCUCAACAUCCUCUUCGGUCUGUCGAUCUUCUACGUGGCUGAGAUGAAUUUCAAAAUGGUCACGCCAUUCUUUCUGGCCAAUUUGGGCUAUGCAAAGGCCGACGUGGCGUUCUGUCUCUCCAUCACGGCUAUUACGGACAUCCUGGCGCGUGUGAUCUUACCACCAAUCUGUGAUCGACUCCUGAUCCCGAAGAGGCAUGUCUUCAUGGUGGCCAUUUUCUUUGUUGGCAUCACACGAUCCAUUAUUGCUGAGCAAACAGGCUGGACAGCCUUGAUUGUCUGGCUAUCCAUAUCUGGCUUCUUCCGUGGUGCAGCACUGAGUAACUUCACCCUCACUGUAUCAGAGUACUGCACCCUUGAGAAACUUCCAGCUGCCUUUGGAUGGCACAUGGUGGGCAAAGCGAUCUUCGUGGUGGCUCUUGGGCCCCUAAUUGGUGUCAUUCGUGACAUAACAGGCAGCUACCCAAUUUGCAUUCAUGCACAAACCUUCUGCAUCAUGAUGUGCUGCUUAGCGUGGACUAUUGAGUUGCUGUGGAAGUAUUUCAGUAGGAGGAUGGCCCCCACGAAGUAAUCCCCACAGCUCUCUCUCGCCUUAUCUCUCAAAGUACUUAUAGAUGACGAAGAAAUUGGGACAAAAGGACGCGCAGAAAGUGCGUUAAUUUUGCAGCAAAAACAAGCACCAUCAUGCGAUACAUUCUACUACAUUACACGUAUUUAUAGAUAUUUUUAACAGAAAAAAAAUGUAUUUAUAGAGUAAAAUAUACAGAGAGAAUCUU